CAGAUUCCAAUUCAGUGUGGUGAAGAGCGAACGGGAGUGCGGACGGAACGGACGCGAAAUCUAUUUAGGCGGGCCGCAAAGCAAACGCUCGAAAAACGCAAAAUUUGUCGAUUGUCCGUUCCGCUUUUUUUUGUGUCUGUGCUUUGCGUCGCGUGCCUGCGUGUACGUGUGCGUGCGCCUGUGUUCGUUUUUUGUUAUUUUUUUUAUAACCAACGACAACAACAAAAGAGAAGUAAAUAAAAUUCACAAAAUUAACGGUGUAUAUAUUUAAAUGAUUUGGUUGUUUUUGGUGGCGUGCCGUAUGAGAAAAAUUUGAGAAUAACGCAGUGGAAAACAUCACAAAAUUAACAAAAACAAAACAAAAAUAUGUUAUAAUCAAUUCAAAUAAAAUCCGGAAAGUAAUAUAUAAAAUUGCACUACGCUGACGAAAAAAACUGUGAAAACAAUGCAUUUAAUCAAAGUAAAGACUAAACUCGUGCUGAAAAUGCCCGAAUUCGAAAGAAACUAGCGAAAAAUCCAAUUCAAAAAUCGCACAAUAAAUUGCAAAGUCUACAGCAACAACAACAUAGAAAAAAAGAGAACAAGAAAAGGAGAGAGAAAGGGAGAAGGAGAGGAAAACAACAACGAAAACAGCAGCAAAACGACGGCCCCAAAAUGUUGUACCAGCUAAGUAAAGCCACAACUAGAAUCCGGCUCAAAAGGCAAAAAGCCGUUCCACAACAUCGCUGGCUCUGGAGUUUAGCAUUUCUGGCAGCAUUUACACUAAAGGACGUGCGAUGUGCAGAUCUAGCCAUUAGUAUACCCAACAAUCCCGGCCUGGACGAUGGGGCCUCCUAUCGCUUGGACUACAGUCCGCCCUUCGGUUAUCCGGAGCCCAACACGACGAUUGCCUCCCGGGAAAUCGGCGAUGAGAUACAAUUCUCACGCGCCCUUCCGGGCACCAAAUACAACUUUUGGCUGUACUACACGAACUUCACGCACCACGAUUGGCUCACCUGGACGGUGACGAUAACAACAGCUCCCGAUCCGCCAUCGAAUCUGUCCGUUCAGGUGAGGAGCGGCAAGAACGCCAUCAUCCUGUGGUCACCGCCCACCCAGGGCAGCUAUACGGCAUUCAAGAUCAAGGUGCUCGGCCUGUCGGAGGCGUCGAGCAGCUACAACCGCACCUUCCAAGUGAACGACAACACAUUCCAGCACAGCGUCAAGGAGCUGACCCCCGGAGCCACCUACCAGGUGCAGGCCUAUACCAUCUACGAUGGCAAGGAGUCGGUGGCCUACACCAGUCGCAACUUCACCACAAAGCCCAACACUCCGGGGAAAUUCAUCGUCUGGUUCCGUAAUGAGACGACACUGCUGGUCCUGUGGCAGCCGCCGUAUCCGGCGGGCAUCUACACGCACUACAAGGUGUCCAUCGAGCCGCCGGAUGCCAACGAUAGUGUGCUCUAUGUGGAGAAGGAGGGCGAACCGCCCGGACCGGCGCAGGCCGCCUUCAAGGGUCUGGUGCCCGGUAGGGCGUACAACAUAUCCGUGCAGACGAUGUCCGAGGAUGAGAUCUCAUUGCCGACGACGGCGCAAUAUCGCACGGUGCCAUUGCGUCCGCUGAACGUGACCUUUGACCGCGACUUCAUUACCUCCAAUUCGUUCCGGGUGCUGUGGGAGGCGCCCAAGGGCAUCUCCGAAUUUGACAAGUACCAAGUCUCGGUGGCCACCACCCGGCGCCAAUCCACAGUCCCCCGCAGCAAUGAACCAGUGGCCUUCUUCGACUUUCGCGACAUCGCGGAACCGGGCAAGACAUUCAAUGUGAUCGUGAAGACCGUUUCCGGUAAGGUCACCUCGUGGCCAGCCACCGGAGAUGUCACACUGCGUCCACUGCCCGUGCGCAAUCUGCGAAGCAUCAACGAUGACAAGACCAACACCAUGAUCAUCACGUGGGAGGCGGAUCCGGCCAGCACGCAGGAUGAGUACCGCAUUGUAUACCACGAACUGGAGACCUUUAAUGGUGACACCAGUACGCUGACCACGGAUCGAACACGAUUCACCCUGGAGAGCCUGCUACCCGGCCGUAACUACUCACUGUCCGUUCAUGCUGUAUCCAAAAAGGUGGAAUCGAACGAGACCAGCAUCUUCGUGGUCACGCGACCAUCGUCGCCCAUCAUCGAGGACUUGAAGAGCAUACGGAUGGGUCUGAACAUCAGUUGGAAGAGCGAUGUCAACUCGAAGCAGGAGCAAUACGAGGUGCUCUACUCCCGGAACGGAACCAGCGAUUUGCGCACCCAAAAGACCAAGGAGUCGCGUCUGGUGAUCAAGAAUCUGCAGCCUGGUGCUGGCUAUGAACUCAAGGUGUUUGCAGUUAGUCACGACUUGCGAAGCGAACCACAUGCCUACUUCCAAGCAGUUUAUCCCAAUCCGCCGCGCAACAUGACCAUCGAGACGGUGAGGAGCAACUCGGUGCUGGUCCACUGGUCUCCGCCGGAGAGCGGUGAAUUCACAGAGUACUCGAUACGCUAUCGCACGGACAGCGAACAGCAGUGGGUGCGCCUGCCCAGCGUUCGCUCCACGGAGGCGGACAUCACCGACAUGACCAAGGGCGAAAAGUACACCAUUCAGGUGAACACGGUCAGCUUUGGCGUGGAGAGUCCCGUGCCCCAGGAGGUGAACACCACAGUGCCCCCAAAUCCGGUGUCCAAUAUCAUUCAACUGGUGGACUCACGGAACAUCACCUUGGAGUGGCCCAAGCCAGAGGGUCGCGUGGAGUCCUACAUUCUCAAGUGGUGGCCCAGCGAUAAUCCCGGUCGUGUCCAGACCAAGAACGUCUCCGAGAACAAGUCGGCCGACGAUUUGUCGACGGUGCGUGUGCUGAUCGGCGAACUGAUGCCCGGCGUGCAGUACAAGUUUGAUAUCCAGACGACGUCGUAUGGAAUACUGUCGGGCAUCACCAGUCUCUAUCCGCGCACCAUGCCGCUCAUCCAGUCGGACGUGGUGGUGGCCAAUGGCGAGAAGGAGGACGAGAGGGACACCAUCACACUGAGCUACACACCCACGCCGCAGUCGUCGUCCAAGUUUGAUAUCUAUCGGUUCUCGCUCGGCGAUGCCGAGAUCCGGGACAAGGAGAAGCUGGCCAACGAUACGGAUCGCAAGGUGACGUUUACGGGUCUGGUGCCUGGUCGAUUGUACAACAUCACAGUUUGGACUGUGAGCGGUGGUGUGGCCAGUUUGCCUAUACAACGACAGGAUCGCCUGUAUCCGGAACCCAUCACCCAGCUGCAUGCCACCAACAUUACGGAUACGGAGAUCUCGCUGCGCUGGGACUUGCCCAAGGGCGAGUACAAUGACUUCGACAUUGCCUACCUCACGGCGGACAAUCUGUUGGCCCAGAAUAUGACCACCAGGAACGAGAUCACCAUCAGUGACCUGCGACCCCACAGAAACUACACCUUCACCGUGGUUGUCCGUUCCGGCACUGAAUCGUCCGUUCUGCGGAGCAGUUCACCACUGUCCGCCAGCUUUACGACCAACGAAGCGGUACCGGGGCGUGUGGAACGCUUCCAUCCCACCGAUGUCCAGCCCAGCGAGAUCAAUUUCGAGUGGUCGCUGCCCUCCAGUGAGGCAAAUGGCGUCAUUCGUCAAUUCUCGAUCGCCUAUACGAAUAUCAAUAAUCUCACGGAUGCGGGCAUGCAGGACUUUGAAUCGGAGGAAGCAUUCGGUGUGAUCAAGAACCUCAAGCCCGGCGAGACGUAUGUGUUUAAGAUUCAGGCCAAGACUGCCAUCGGUUUCGGACCGGAGCGGGAGUACCGACAAACGAUGCCGAUACUGGCGCCACCACGUCCUGCCACACAGGUGGUGCCCACCGAGGUCUAUCGCAGCUCAUCGACGAUUCAGAUUCGGUUUAGGAAGAACUACUUCUCGGAUCAAAACGGCCAGGUGCGCAUGUACACGAUCAUUGUGGCCGAGGAUGAUGCCAAGAAUGCCUCCGGCCUGGAGAUGCCCAGCUGGCUGGAUGUGCAGUCGUACAGCGUUUGGCUGCCCUAUCAGGCCAUAGAUCCCUACUAUCCGUUCGAGAACCGAUCCGUGGAGGACUUCACCAUCGGCACGGAGAACUGUGACAACCACAAGAUCGGCUACUGCAACGGCCCACUGAAAUCGGGAACCACCUACCGCGUCAAGGUGCGGGCGUUCACCGGAGCGGACAAGUUCACGGAUACCGCCUACAGUUUCCCCAUUCAGACAGAUCAAGACAACACCUCGCUGAUUGUGGCCAUUACGGUGCCACUAACCAUCAUCCUGGUGCUCCUGGUGACCCUUUUGUUCUACAAACGGCGACGCAACAAUUGCCGCAAGACGACCAAGGAUUCCCGGGCCAAUGACAAUAUGUCACUGCCGGAUAGCGUGAUCGAGCAGAAUCGCCCCAUUUUGAUCAAGAACUUUGCGGAGCACUAUCGCUUGAUGUCCGCCGAUUCGGACUUUCGUUUCAGCGAGGAAUUCGAGGAACUGAAGCACGUGGGCCGGGAUCAGCCAUGCACCUUUGCCGAUCUGCCCUGCAAUCGUCCAAAGAAUAGAUUCACCAAUAUACUGCCCUACGAUCACUCACGUUUCAAGCUGCAGCCGGUGGACGAUGAUGAGGGCAGUGAUUACAUCAAUGCCAAUUACGUACCAGGACACAAUUCACCGCGGGAGUUCAUCGUGACACAGGGACCAUUGCAUUCGACACGCGAUGACUUCUGGCGGAUGUGCUGGGAGAGCAACUCGCGGGCCAUUGUCAUGCUGACCAGGUGCUUUGAGAAGGGUCGCGAAAAGUGCGAUCAGUACUGGCCAAAUGAUACGGUGCCCGUCUUCUACGGGGACAUCAAGGUGCAGAUACUCAACGACAGUCACUAUGCCGACUGGGUGAUGACCGAGUUUAUGCUAUGCAGGGGCAGCGAACAGCGCAUCCUGCGGCACUUCCACUUCACCACCUGGCCGGACUUUGGCGUUCCCAAUCCGCCACAGACAUUGGUGCGCUUUGUGCGCGCCUUCCGCGAUCGCAUUGGUGCGGAACAGCGACCCAUUGUGGUCCACUGUAGUGCCGGUGUGGGAAGGUCGGGCACCUUCAUCACCCUGGAUCGCAUCCUGCAGCAGAUCAACACGUCUGACUAUGUGGACAUAUUCGGCAUAGUGUAUGCCAUGCGCAAGGAGCGCGUUUGGAUGGUGCAGACGGAGCAGCAGUACAUCUGCAUCCACCAGUGCCUGCUGGCGGUGCUCGAGGGCAAGGAGAACAUCGUGGGUCCCGCUCGCGAGAUGCACGACAACGAGGGCUAUGAAGAUGACGAGGGCAUUGCAGAGUCGGGCAUGUAAAGCCAUUCCAAAACUCCAGCCAAUACUCCAGCAAAUCCCAACCAACUGAACUCAACUCAACCGAAUGGAACCCAACCCAACCCAACCAUCUUGUGGCAACUACAUUAUUAUUAUUUACUUAAGGGACGAAGUGCGGAGGAGAGCGCGGAGAAUCAACGCUUGAUAUUAUACUUGGAUAUAUGUGUACUACACUGGAUACUACUGGAUAUAUAUACUCUACACCGAUCUAUCGAAUGGGAAUGCAGCAAUCUCGCCAAACAGAACGAACACGCAUCAAUUUAUACAUUUUAUAUAUAUCUAAGAUAACGAGAAAUUGGCGUACAAUGUAACCGCAAUUGCCGCUUCAAACCGACGGACGGCAAUACUAAAUACUGGAAUACUGAUUGUAUUUUUACGCUAGCCACAAUUUGAUAUAAACUAUAUAUCUUCCAAUUUUUUUGUACACCUAAUGUUAGUUGAAAUAUGUGAGCGAGACGAGCAAAUUUUUGUAGCAAACUAAAAGCGCUAAAUGUUUACUUUUUUAUAUUAUUAUAUAUAUAAAUACUUGAUAAACAUAUACCUAAUAUUAGAUAUAAACUAAACUAACUAUAAAUCGCACACACUCAUACACUCACACACAAACACAAUGCAAUAAUUGAGUUACAUAGUUUUAAACAAAUGUUAAAACAUUUUGCUGCAACCGUCGGAGAUGUAGUGUACAAUUUUAAGUUUCUCGUAUUUUUUUUUCUGUUUUGUGUUUAACUUUUUGUAACUUUUACAAAGCGUAAACUGUGUAUGUAUGUGCUACAUUGAUUUUUGUUUAAUUAUAUCAAGUUUUAUUUAAAAAAUCGAAUACCACUUUGCAUUCUCCUCAUUUUGAACUUGGCGCUCACACUUAUUACUUAUAAUAGGUCGAGUCCAGCUGGCGCUGGAUAUCAAUCCAAUCAACAGAUAGUAAUGUUAAACACCGAAGUAAAUGUUUAAACAAAAACACACAGAGACACAAGAGUCGUGUUUCCAUUUUCACUUACGUUUGUCGGUAUGAGAUUUUACUCACAGAGAAGGAGGGUUUUUUAGAUAUUCAGCUUAAAACUGAAAACAUUUAAUAAAUCAGCAAGCUUAAAUCGAUAAAAUUGUUGUAUAUAUCAAAUAGUUUAGCACUGUGUGAUUUUAUUUAUCUUAACUCGUUUUUAAGUGCUUGCUGUAUGAUCUUACUUAAAUAAUUAAUUAAAUUUUAUAAACAGAAAAGCACUUUAAAGAAUUUAUUUAUUUGUUCAAUUAUAAAAAAAACUUUAAUUUAAAUUAAGUGAAUAUGGAAACACAGCUAACCAACAGACAGCACAAAUAGAACAACAGGAACAAAUGACCAACGCAUUUCGUAAGGCGAUAAUCAUUUACACGAAAAAACCAAUAUGAAUAACAGAAUCCCACGCAAACUGAAGACUAACUAACAAGCAAGUUAAGGGCUAGUUAAUGGAGCCGGUGCCAAAGCAGAAAUGAAAAACAACACCUACACACUACAACUAAAUGUAACAAUAGCAAUAAAUUUUAAUGAAAAUUGUAGUCCAAAUAAUUUGCAUACAUUUGUAUUGUAUUUUGUCCAAACUAAGUUGAAAUGAUUAACCGAACUGUGAAAGAGUGCAAUAGAAAUCGUUUUGCUUCUAGAUUAGUGAAAAUACAACGAAGCCCCUAAUUUGAAUACGAACUAACCAAAAGUCCCCGCCCUCCCCCAAUAACAAUAAACACAUAUGCAUAAAUAUGCAAAAAGUUAGAGAAGAUGAAACUAGAAAGUCUGUAUAAUGCAUACAUAAUAUACGACUCCAUUAUACACUUACUAAGGCCGACGAAUA